UUUCAGCCAGUGUCUGCAGAUACAACCAUUUCACCUGCCGUCUGUAAACGGAGACCAGAUCCAGCACGACGUCAUCUCGACUAAAGACAAGCCAGUAUGUCCAGCAUCAUGAAAGUGUUUCUGCUCUUCGCUGCUGUCAUGUUCUGCAUCUCUGAGGCUAAAUUCGAUGACAAAGGGCAGAAUUGUCUGUGUCGAAGCACAAGGGAUAAACUUAGCUCUAAGAUUCAAGUAAAAGACAUCCAGAUCUACCCUAAAACAGUCUUCUGUGACAACAUUGAGAUUGUUGUCACUGACCAAAACGGCCUUCGCUUCUGCCUGAACCCCAACGUGAGAGUAGUGCAGAAAUUCAUAGCGCGCAUCAUGUCUGCGAGGAGAAGUCGCACUACUGCAGCCACCCCUACCAGCAGCUCCUUGGCUCUGUAAGAACAGAUGACCUCUGACCUCUGACACAUGCCCCUUUGUUGAAUGUAGACGUUAAAUGAAAGCAAAAAAGC